AUGGUAAUCCAAAAUCAGUCUACGGGGAAAACGGCAGCUGUUUCCGCAGUUCCCAGGACUAAAGUUAAAGUUUCGGGAGGCACUCAAACUUGUUCGAGCGAUCUUCAACAAUCUCACAAAGCAAGUCCGCCCCAAUUUAAAAGUUACUCCUUGACGGGUAACACUGCCAACCAGCUCAGUCAGUCAGUGCGCGAACGCCUGAUGAUGGGUUCACAAAGUCUUCCAAAAGGUGCCGUCACACAUCAAGAAUACGGAUUAGUGAUGAGACAAGCGAGGCCCAAAGUCAGCGACGGGUCUCUUUCAGAUACUCAGGCCAUCGAGAACACCAGUCCUUAUGCUCCUUGGUUACGACACAGCAAUACUUACUCAGUUGCUCCUAGAUUAUCCGAAACUGACAGUAUGGAAUCCCUGACGAGUUUACCAGGUCACAGAAGUAGCUUGACGCACGCAAGAUUGUUGAGGAUUCCCCGUCAAGGUUAA